CUAUUCUUCAGUCUCUGGCAGCAGCUGAAAUGGCGCAGCAGGAAAUUCCACUGGACAGAGAAAGAUUCUGCUGUUCGAUCUGUCUGGAUCUACUGAAGGAUCCAGUGACUACUGUCUGUGGACACAGCUACUGUAAGAGUUGUAUUAACAACCACUGGGACAAUGGGGAGGAGAGGGGAAGCUACAGCUGUCCUCAGUGUAGAGAGACCUUCACACCGAGGCCUGUCCUGAGGAAAAACACCAUGUUAGCUGAUUUAGUGGAGGAGCUGAAGAAGACUGGACUCCAAGCUGCUCCUGCUGAUCACUGCUAUGCUGGACCUGAAGAUGUGGCCUGUGAUGUCUGCACUGGGAGAAAACGGAAAGCUCUCAAGUCCUGUUUGGAUUGUUUGGCCUCUUUUUGUGAAAAACACCUCCAGCUUCAUUUUCAAUCAGCUCCAUUGAGGAAGCACAAGCUGGUGGAGCCCUCGGAGAAGCUCCAGGAGAACAUCUGCUCCCGUCACGACGAGGUGAUGAAGAUGUUCUGCCGCACUGAUCAGCAGUGUAUCUGUUAUCUCUGCUCUGUGGAGGAACAUAAAGACCACGACACAGUGUCAGCUGCAGCAGAAAGGACUGAGAGGCAGAGAGAGCUCGGGCUGAGGAGACAAACAAUCCAGCAGAGAGUCCAGGACACAGAGAAAGACGUGAAGAUGCUUCAACAGGAGGAGGAGGCCCUCAAUGGCUCUGCUGAUAAAGCAGUGGAGGACAGUGAGGAGAUCUUCACUGAGAUGAUCCGUCUGCUGGAGAAAAGAAGCUCUGAUGUGAAGCAGCAUAUCAAAUCCCAGCAGGAAACUGAAGUGAGUCGAGUGAGAGAGCUUCAGGAGAGACUGGAGCAGGAGAUCACUGAGCUGAAGAGGAAAGACCAGGAACUGAAGCAGCUCUCAGACACAGAGGAUCACAACCAGUUUCUAUACAGCUACUCCUCACUGUCACCACUCAGUGGAUCUACACACUCAUCCAGCUUCAGGAUCCGUCCUCUGAGGAACUUUGAGGACAUGACAGCAGCUGUGUCCCAGGUCAGAGGUCGACUACAGGACAUUCUGAGUGAGACAGAGACAGAGAUUUUACAGAUUGUGUCUCAAGUGGAUGUUUUACUGCGACAACCAGAUCCAGAGACCAGAGCUGACUUCUUAAGAUAUUCACAGGAAAUCACACUGGAUCCAAACACAGUAAACAAACAUCUGUUAUUAUCUGAGGGAAACAGAAAAGUAACACGUAUGAGUAAACAACAGUCUUAUUCUAAUCACCCUGACAGAUUCACUGGUUGGUUUCAGGUCCUGAGUAGAGAGAGUCUGACUGGACGUUAUUACUGGGAGGUGGAGGUGGAGGUGAAGCAGGGGUGGUUAGGGGGAGUUAGUGUAGCAGUCACAUACAAGAAUAUCAGCAGAGGAGGAAACUCAGUUGAAUGUGGAUUUGGAUUCAAUGAUAAAUCUUGGUCAUUAUAUUGUGAUGGAACCAGAUAUAACUUUUAUUACAACAGCAUCGAGACUCGAGUGUCAGGUCCUCUGUCCUCCAGAGUAGGAGUGUACCUGGAUCACAGUGCAGGUGUUCUGUCCUUCUACAGAGUCUCUGACACCAUGACUCUUCUCCACAGAGUCCAGACCACAUUCACUCAGCCUCUCUAUGCUGGAGUUAGUGUUUAUAAUCCUGGAUCCACAGCUGAGUUCUGUAAACUCAAAUAUGAACCUGUUCUUCAGUCUCUGGCAGCAGCUGAAAUGGCGCAGCAGGAAAUUCAACUGGACAGAGAAAGAUUCUGCUGUCCGAUCUGUCUGGAUCUACUGAAGGAUCCGGUGACUACUGUCUGUGGACACAGCUACUGUAAGAGCUGUAUUAACAACCACUGGGACAAUGGGGAGGAGAGAGGAAGCUACAGCUGUCCUCAGUGUAGACAGUUCUUCACACCGAGGCCUGUCCUGGAGAAAAACACCAUGUUAGCUGAUUCACUGGAGGUGCUGAAAAAGACUGGACUCCAAGCUGCUCCUGCUGAUCACUGCUAUGCUGGACCUGAAGAUGUGGCCUGUGAUGUAUGCACUGGGAGAAAACUGAAAGCUCUCAAGUCCUGUUUGGUUUGUUUGGCCUCUUUUUGUGAAAAACACAUCCAGCCUCAUCUUCAGUCAGCUGCAUUGAAGAAGCACAAGCUGGUGAAGCCCUCGGAGAAGCUCCAGGAGAACAUCUGCUCUCGUCACGACGAGGUGAUGAAGAUGUUCUGCCGCACUGAUCAGCAGUGUAUCUGUUAUCUCUGCUCUGUGGAGGAACAUAAAGACCACGACACAGUGUCAGCUGCAGCAGAAAGGACUGAGAGGCAGAGAGAGCUCGGGCUGAGGAGACAAACAAUCCAGCAGAGAGUCCAGGACACAGAGAAAGACCUGAAGCUGCUUCAACAGGAGGAGGAGGCCCUCAAUGGCUAUGCUGAUAAAGCAGUGGAGGACAGUGAGGAGAUCUUCACUGAGAUGAUCCGUCUGCUGGAGAAAAGAAGCUCUGAUGUGAAGCAGCAGAUCAGAUCCCAGCAGGAAACUGAAGUGAGUCGAGUGAGAGAGCUUCAGGAGAGACUGGAGCAGGAGAUCACUGAGCUGAAGAGGAAAGACCAUGAACUGAAGCAGCUCUCAGACACAGAGGACCACAACCAGUUUCUACAUAACUACCCCUCACUGUCACCACUCAGUGAAUCUACACACUCAUCCAGCAUCAGGAUCCGUCCUCUGAGGAACUUUGAGGACGUGACAGCAGCUGUGUCCCAGGUCAGAGGUCGACUACAGGACAUUCUGAGUGAGACAGAGACAGAGAUUUUACAGAUUGUGUCUCAAGUGGAUGUUUUACUGCCACAACCAGAGCCAGAGACCAGAGCUGACUUCUUAAGAUAUUCACAGGAAAUCACACUGGAUCCAAACACAGUAAACAAACAUCUGUUACUAUCUGAGGGAAACAGAAAAGUAACACGUAUGAGUAAACAACAGUCUUAUUCUAAUCACCCUGACAGAUUCACUGAUAGGCCUCAGGUCCUGAGUAGAGAGCGUCUGACUGGACGUUGUUACUGGGAGGUGGAGGUGGAGGUGAAGCAGGAGUGGAUGGGGGGAGUUUAUGUAGCAGUCACAUACAAGAAUAUCAGCAGAGGAGGAGGCUCAAAUGAAUGUAGAUUUGGAUCAAAUGAUAAAUCUUGGAUGUUAUAUUGUGAUAGAAAAAGUUAUAACUUUUAUUACAACAGGAUCCAGACUCCAGUGUCAGGUCCUGUGUCCUCCAGAGUAGGAGUGUACCUGGAUCACAGUGCAGGUGUUCUGUCCUUCUACAGAGUCUCUGACACCAUGACUCUCCUCCACAGAGUCCAGACCACAUUCACUCGGCCUCUCUAUGCUGGAGUUUGGGUUAAUUAUCGUGGAGACACAGCUGAGUUCUGUAAACUCUAAUAGACUUGAGUCAUUAAAAGCAGUGAUUUAGAUUCUUUGUGUAAAUCUUUAACUUCUCUUGUCUCCAUGUUUGUUGAUCAAAGUUCGUCGUGGUGACGUUUCUGCUCCACACAGAGAUCAGCUGUCAAUCAAACACUGACCUUCCUUUAUCACAUGUAUUCAUUUCUCACUUUGUAAAGACAGAAAUCUAUAAUUACACUGACAUGAAUGUGUUUGAAACAACUGAUGUUGCUGUUGUUUUCUAAAUCAAUGUAGAAAUCAGGUUGUGUGAUGUUUUAGAAUCUUUGUCGUUACCUAGCAUGUUGAUUACUUGUUACACUGAAGCCAUGUUCAUGUUAAGUUCAUUUAUAUACAGUAGGCUAACUUUUUACAGCCGUGAGAGAAGGAUGU